UUCAGUCGCUGGUGCUUCAUGGCGUUCCGCUCCUGACAUGAUCAGACGCUUUUGUAGAGUUCGCAUUGCCUGAGGAAAAACAACAAACCUAAUCGAGAUUAGAGAUCGACGCAAAUAUGGAUUUAGAAGACAUCGAAAACUCUUCCAACGUCCAAGCUGAGACGAGCUUUGAGGUUCAGCUAUACAUUUACGAUCUUUCACGGGGCCUGGCCAAGUCUCUCACACCGCUGUUUUUAGGAAAGCAAAUCCCGGGCAUCUGGCACACGAGCAUCGUCGCCUAUGGAAGGGAAUACUUCUUCGGUUCCAUGGGCAUCGAAAGUUGCGGCGCGGGCCAGACGGUGUUGCACGACCCAGACCAGAUCCUGACCCUUGGCCACACGGAGCUGCCGUACAGCCUCUUCCUGGAGUACAUAUUUGCCCUGGGAGAGUCCUCUUACAAGCCCCAGACCUACGACCUGUUCAAGCACAACUGCAACAACUUCACCCAGGAGGUGGCCACAUUCCUCACGGGGAAGUCCAUUCCGCAGGAGAUCCUGGACCUGCCAGAGGAGUUCCUUAACACGCCACUGGGCAGCUCGCUCCAGGGCUACUUCAGUAAUCUCUCGUUGCGAGGCGAAACAGCGCGAGGUCUUAGCUUCGGUGGAGGAGCCCCUGCCGACUUCAUCCCCUUCGAGCCGUCGUCCGAGCGGAGAGCCAGAAAUUCCCUGUCCCCCGAGGCACCGCGUCCCCGCAACCCAGCGCCAGCCCCGAGAAUGUCUUCGGAGUCGGCCACGGAGGCUCUGCCGGACCAGCGUGCCAGUCCGUCUCCGGACCGGACCCCGCGGCCCAACGGGGGCACCCACGACAGCGAUGGAGAGGCGGAGGAGCGCCCGGCUCCUGUCCGCAAGUCCCGCCGCUACAGUGAUCCGCCGGUGUUCUACUCCGACGUGAACGGUGCCGCCGCGCUGAAGGAGCUCGAGGACUCGCUGGGAGACAAGCUGAAUGAGGCUGAGCAGGCAGCGCUGCGCGAACUGCACGAGUACCUGGUCACGGAGAAUGGCGCCUGGGCCCUGGGAACGGCGCAGUUGGACCUCUUUGGGCGGCUGUUCACGGACGCAAGCUUACCCGUGACUGUGCGGCUAGCACUGCUGAGGGUACUCCAGGCGGCGGCACUCAAGGAAGAUGUGAUCCUGUUCCUACACCAGGAUCGCAAGAGCCACUGUAUCAUGAGCUACGUGUACCGCAUCGAAACCCUGUCCCCUGAAGAGCAGGACGAAGUGCUAAAGCUGCUGUGCAACAUGUGCAGCAACGUGAGCAGCUACGACUGGCUCCUGUACAUCUCGGAGUGGAGCGAAGAGGGAGGCCAGUCCUGCAACAACGCCCGCUCCACCGUGCGUGCCGCAGUGCACGGCCUCCUCACGGACCGCCCCGUGGCCCAGGAGAGGAGUGCGGGCCUCAUGUUUAACCUCGCUCUCAAGGAGCAGUUAUUUGACGACACAGCGGCCGAACUGUCGACAGCAAUCCUUCAGUACCUGCACGGCGACAUCAAGGAAGAGCAAGCCUUCCACUGUUUAACGGCUCUCUUGCGGUUUCUCAGCAUCAGCUACAAUGACGUGCCCGCUCUCAUCCAGAUGUUGGGGCCGGACUUGAAGAAGUUCUCCGGCCUUUCGGAACGCGUUGGCAAGUUAGUAGACGAGAUCCAGCAGAAGCUGUCUGCAAGCCCGUCGGCGUGACGUUGACUCGGACCAUCCGUUCCUAAUUUCGGCGUCUGUGCUUCCUUCUUUUUAAUUAUUUAUUUUGUUAUUUGGGCAUUUUCUUAUCGGCACCACCUGCCGCCGUCUCCAACCUGGCCAGGUGCAUUUGUCAGCGACAAAACGGAGGUUUUUGUCGGGAAUGCUCGAAAGCGGAAGUUUUCCAGUUUCGGGCUUCCACCUUCUCACAAAACGCGACUUCCGGUAAAAGGGAUUGUGGUUGUGCAAUACAGGGAUGCUUAAUCACGUGGCGUGAGUGUCCAGGCAGAUCUGUCUUUCGUGCAAAUCUUUUUUUUUUUUUUUACCUGGAUUUUGUGUUGCGAUUGUUGAAGCUCUCAUGGCACAAAAUCCGUAACGGUUUAAGAAGCCACGCAGCGCAUGAUCUGCAAUAAUGCGAAGACGACUAUCGGCCCUGUACCGUUUGGCCCUCCUAACUCCAGGGUUCCGUGUUUUCGGUAUGGGCCGAUAAACUCGGAAAUCGACCCUUGAGACGGAUUUGUUAGAAUCGAUAACCUGGAGAAACUGUAAAAGACCCUAUUACAGUGGUAGCUGUUAACGCACCUUCAGGACAGGACGUUUGGUGAAGAUAGCGAGUUUUCGGAGCCUUCUGUUCAUGACAGGAGCGAUUCCGACAGCAGUUUCGAGCCCCAAUCACGACAAGAGUGCACUGGUUGUGCGACGCCUAAAUGAUCGAGGGUUGAGUGCUUCGAGACCUUUCAUACGAGGAAGAAUCUGUGAGGGCUUAUUGAUUUAAAGGCAUGAACGAACCACUUAAGCAUGUAAAUAAACAUGUUUCUUGUUUUCUGCUCUGAAUUUUACUGUAAAAGCUUUUUAUACAAGCAAAACAGUCACGCCUAGUGUGGCCCUGUUUCAGGGGAAAAACGCGAUACGGACAGCCCGAACGGGCAAACUCAAGAGAGGAUGCACGGCCGAACUCAGCGCGGCGCGACCACUUCACGAGAGCGCGCGCUCAGCUGUUGGCCACUACAUCGGCAGUUGCGAAACAUGGCCGUCUACACCACUAGAUUGCACACAAACUAAGGGAGCAGAAGAAUGACAUUCAUGCUUUUGCAUUCACAACUCAUAAGAACUGCUUAGGGGUCCUCGGAAUUUUUUUUUACAUUGACCCAGAACCACGGUGUGAGAUAUAUAUAGGUGUGGACGCCACACUCGUCGCGGGUGCCAGAUAAAAUCCUCUCCUCGCCUUCGUUGCAAGUGGUGCCACCUGACGACUCUUCGGUGAGCAGCUAACGGUAGCCAGUCACGGGCCCAAUUUCCCACACUUCCCUAUGGGAGACAUGCUUGUUUUUUAAGUUGUUUUCUGGGUGAGCCACAUCGUGUAGAACUUAACACUUGCGCUACACGUGUUAUUUAGACACCGCUUCCUCGAUCCUUGUUUCGUGCGUCAACGGCGCCGACGACUGCUUUUACGAACGCAUUCAUACGGAGAGAUUCCAGCGCGGUGUUCGAGCCAGAGUUGGUCAAGCUCAGAGCAGAUGCUCUGAGUGGAAAGAGCGCGUGCCCGGGUGUUGAGGGACACUCGGGCACGCGCGCAAGAAAUGAGACACUUUUUUGGGUUUUUUUUUUUUUUUUUUUUCCUCAGUUGUGCCGUCGGCCGAGGCUACUCAGGCGUGCGCCUAAAGGACUUUAUCCAGUCGAUCGCAUUGCAGCGUUUUCCACGCCAUGUAUCCUCACCUAUAUAUAUCUUGGCGCUGUUCUCCAAAUACGUCUUCUAAAUAUUUGGGUCACACAUACGAUUUUCUGGAGCUUGGGAAGUCCUUCCGUGUCCUGUCUGCUUCAGCAUGGGCCCCCCAUAAGCUCCGUUUAUUUGUUUGACACCGAAAACAAACACAGGAAAACAUUGAAUCUGCGGGAAAAAAAUAUUGAACGCCAAGAGACACCCUCGAAUUCGAAGGAAAUUUGGCGCCGAAAACACGGAACCCCACUCGUAACUGCGCGACAAAGCUGCCUAGUAUUAUUUUGAAGCAUCGGUUAGAAAACCAGGAAGACAACUUUUGAUAAGGUGAAACUGCCGCUGAAUUAUCUCGAUUACGCACUUAAUCCUUGUAGCAGGAAAUGGGACGUUUGAGACGAAUGUUGUCGGAACGCAGGGGCACAAUUUUUGGUCCACGUUGGGCAGUUACACAUCUACACGAGCCGGUGAAAAACAUUUUUUUAUCGUGAUGUGAUAAAGAUGCUCAUGACGUAGGGAGGAAGGAGCUCUCAGAAACAACUGCAAUUCAAGUUGAUGAAUAUUGACUGGAGGAACCAGGGAAGAGUGACGAGAUCUGUGAAGGAUCCUGGUUGUGGCUGUAAUCGUGACAGCCAUGCUACUCUCCACGGUGGACCUGUUAUGAAUUUGUUUGUUGUUAGUUUAACUACUUACAAUAGUUUGUGUAUUUAAAACGUAUUUCUUUUCUGUUGCUCGGACCUUUGAUUGUCCGACGCAUCUGUUAGCCUCGCUGCAGACUUUGUUGCCGCAGUGCCAGUUGACUUUGGAAAGGUCAAAUUUCUGUACGAAAUGCAAAUAUCAGGAAGCGAGCAUUCACAUAAACAUGAUAGAGACCGGAAGGUUUUAUCAAAGUCAGCACAGAUUCGUGAAAGUUUACGUGCGUGACAUAUUUCUCCUGGAAAAAAAGUAUUUUUCUGAGUGUUAGGCUCAAUAGACUUUGUCUUGCAGUAAUUUUGAAUGGUUAGGUAAGGUUUUUAUUGCAAUGGGUAAACUAAAAAGAUGCAGUAAGAAACAUGAAUAAUGAAGUUUUUUUGUACAUGUUUUUAUUUGUAUAAGCCGUUGAAGUUCUGUUACCGAGCCACUAUAUUGAGAUGUCACAAAUGCAGCUUACCUUUUUCUGGAAGUGAUUUUUUUUCCCGCCUUUCAACCUCGAGUUUAUUUUGCAGUGCAAUAAUGUUUCUAUAUUGUUAUACCGUUUAGUAAUGUUGGAAAGCUGAACUGUAUAAAAGUGUUUGGUCUGCCAUGUCAUCUAUACUUAAUGUUACUUGAAUAAAAUGAAUAAAAAAAAAUACAGUUAUAACUACGCAAUGGAAAACUUUAAAUCGAUGGUCAUGCUUUACUGCUGUUGCCUACACAUGCAGGAGGCAUCUGAAAUGAAGCCCAAUAAAAUUGUAGAAAAGUGCA